GUGCUCCAGGAUGCAACCCCACUCAGUCCUACCCGCCAAACCCACAGGCGUCCAAUAGAAGUGCAAGAUAAAUUGUCCGGUCAACAGUCCAUUCAACACAUCCCAAACACUUUACCUUGGUGUGAGACUGGGAUCAGGGCUCUCUGACAUCUGCAAGAGGAUAAAUACACAUUGCACAAAGGAAAGGAUGCGAGAAAUCGUUUACAUUCAAGCUGGCCAGUGUGGCAACCAGAUCGGCGCAAAGUUCUGGGAGGUGAUUAGUGAGGAGCAUGGAAUCAACUGCACUGGGGACUAUGUGGGCGACUCAGACCUUCAGCUGGACAAGAUCAGUGUCUACUUCAACGAAUCCUCAUUCUCAAAGUAUGUCCCCAGAGCCAUCCUAGUGGACCUGGAGCCAGGAACAAUGGAUAGUGUGCGCUGCGGACACAUAGGACACCUCUUUAAACCGGACAAUUUCAUCUUCGGUCAGAGUGGAGCUGGUAACAACUGGGCUAAGGGCCACUACACAGAGGGAGCAGAGCUAGUGGAAGCAGUGAUGGACGUGGUGAGGAAGGAGGCAGAUAACUGUGACUGUCUCCAGGGCUUCCAGCUUACCCACUCCCUGGGUGGGGGCACAGGCUCUGGUAUGGGGACCCUACUCAUCAACAAGAUCCAGGAGGAGUACCCCGACCGUAUGAUGGCCAGCUUCAGCGUGGUCCCCUCCCCUAAGGUAUCGGACACGGUGGUGGAGCCCUACAACGCCACCCUCUCUGUUCACCAGCUUCUAGAGAACACAGACGAAACUUUCUGCAUCGACAAUGAGGCGAUCUACGACAUCUGCUUCCGCAAGCUCAAGCUCCCCACACCCACCUACGGAGACCUCAACCACUUGGUGUCGGUCACCAUGAGCGGGGUGACCACAUGCCUUCGCUUCCCAGGCCAGCUCAACGCCGACCUCCGCAAGCUGGCCGUCAACAUGGUACCCUUCCCCCGCCUGCACUUCUUCAUACUGGGCUUCGCCCCGCUCACUAACAGGGGGGGCCUGCAGUACCGUGCCCUCACCGUGCCUGAACUCACCCAGCAGGCGUUCGACGCCAAGAACAUGAUGGCAGCCUGCGACCCGCGUAACGGGCGCUACCUCACUGCGGCGAUGGUGUUCCGGGGUCACAUGUCUAUGAGGGAGGUGGACGAGCAGAUGCUGGCCAUUCAGAACAAGAACAGCAGCUACUUUGUGGACUGGAUCCCCAACAACAUUAAGACAGCGGUCUGUAAUAUCCCACCCCCUGGACUCAAGCUGUCCGCCACCUUCAUAGGUAACAAUACAGCCAUCCAGGAGCUGUUCAAGCGCCUCUCUGAGCAGUUCACCGCUAUGUUCCGUCGCAAGGCCUUCCUGCACUGGUACACGGGAGAGGGAAUGGACGAGAUGGAGUUCACCGAGGCCGAGAGCAACAUGAAUGACCUGGUGUCUGAGUACCAGCAGUACCAGGACGCCACCACUGAGGAGGAGGUGUUUGAUGAUGAAGAGGAAGAAAAAGGAAUAGCCUGA